AUGGAAGCGAGGUUUAAGGAUACAAGGCUAAAGGUUGUGGAGUUUUAUUUUGUGAAAGGUUAUGGUGAAGGUUAUGAUAGGUUUGUGAACUUAAGGAUUGUUGCAGGGUAUUGGAGAGGUUUUGGACAGAGUUUGUUGCGGGGAAGCAAGGAUGAUUUUGGACAAGAAGAUGCAGAAACAUCUUGGUUGUUUUGGGGCUGUUUUAUGCAGGAUUUGAGAGCAGUUAUUUGGACUGGUUAUGGGCAGCAUAGGAUAAGGUUCGGUAGUAGGUUCCAGCUUGCACAUGCAGGAUCCCUCCUUCGUCUUUCUUUUCUCCCGGCUAUAGCGCAAGAGAAACGCGAACAGUUGAUUCUCAAGCAGGGGAUUCGUCGAAAACAACCUAUCUGUCUACUUGCUUUCAGUUAUGUUCCCGUCUCGAUCUUAGCUUAA